CUGCUCUUCUUCUUCUCCCCUGCACCGAACAAGAGCCCUAGUCACCGACACACCACCCACUUGAAAAAAAGGGUAAAAGAGCUUGAUUUUUCCCUUCUUUUCUUGUUCAACAACAAGAUUUAGAGCUUAGAAACCUCCCCCCUGCCGAAAUUUCCAGAUCUGCUCUGCUCUGUUCCUUCCGUCUGUUGCUCUUGCUUUGUGGGUGUGAUUUUUCUGGUUUCUGGUAAGGGAAACAGCCACUAAUUCCUAUUUUCUCCUUUGAUUUGGCUUGGAUUUACUCUAAUUUCUUUUGGUUUCUCCCAAUUUUUGGUAAAUCCCGAAAAUUUCCCCUGCACUUCCGUCGACUUCCCCCAACUUGCAGCUCUGGUUUGCUUGCUGAAAUUCUGGAAGUGAGACCCGAGACACAGUUAACUAGGGGAGUGACGAGCUAGAAGGCUAAUCAAUAUUUGGAUUUAGAUCCUUUUUGGACUUAGGCAGUUAGCCACACAUGCUUGAUAUAGACGUGAACUGAUAAAUCAUUUUUUGUAUACUGAGUUUCCCUUGGUUAUAGCCAUGACCAUUUUAUAUGUUGACUCAAUGUACUCUAAGAGGGGGGUGAAUUGGAAUUCUAAAAAUUUUUCCCUUUUUGCAACCACAAAACCAAAAAUAAAGAGAGACGCAAAGCUCGAGUUGCAAGAUUGUCAGGAGAGUUGGCUUAACUUCCUAGAGCCGACUCUCUACAGCUGGCUCACCACUUUUGUAGCCGGCUUUGCGGGAUUUUGCAGAUUCUGUUUUCUCCAUAGAGCCGGCUCCAAAACGCAAAGCCAACUUUGCAGGUUUCCUGCACAUUUUGUUUUCUUCCACAUUCGGCUGCAAAGCCUAGAGCCGACUUUGCCGGCUGCAAAGUUAGAGCCGGCUCUGCGUCUUUUCUCCAUGCGUGCCAAACAACGGACCUUUAAAUCUUUACUGGUAGAGCCGGCUCUUUGCACUUCCAUUUCACCAGAGCCGGCUGCAGCUUUCAAGAGCUGGCUCUCUGCACAUACCCAAGCCUUUCUGGUCCAUUUUUAAGUGCAGUCCAAGUUUACUUGCAAUCUUUUAGCAACUUAACUAUACACUUAAAUAAACCAAUUAGUCACUCAAAUGUGUUUUGUAAUUAUCAAAAUCAUAGGUACAACAUUAUAAACUUUUGUACAUUUG